UGUUGGUGUUGGUGCUAGCAGCUCAUGUUGUGGAGGUUUGCAGCGUUUUAAAGAAACGAUCUGAUUUAGAGCCGAUCAUAACUAACAGAGCGGCAACAAGAGACGGACCUUUAACCAUCCAGCUACCCGACAGGUGUCUUCUCUGCUAUGGCAGUGCCAGCCUGGUAACCGGAGGCUCAUCACUUGGGCGGAUCACCCUUCUUCAGUGUUUCGCUCCAGUAAUCCCAGAACACCUCAGAGUGUGGCGGCAGCAGGAGGGACACCUCCCUGAGGCUUACCUUUGGCCGAGUGGGAUCACAUUAUCAUUUCCAAGCACAGGUCCAGCUUCAGCACCAUGGUGGACAUUGACGUGAAAAGCGGAGCUGCUUGGGUCUGUCAGACUCAGGGGCGUAACCUGGCUGACGUCCUGCUUCCUGUUCACCCCAGCGACAGCGAAAAUGGCGACGAUCUCAGUCAGUUUCACAAAGAAGCCGACCAGGUCGCUCCGGUGCUGCUGGAGCAGGUGGAGGAAGGCUCGCCCUGCGUCCUGACUCUAAGCUGCGGGCCCGACUCCGCCGCUGCCGUCAGCAGCCUGAUGGUGAUCAGCGAGGCUCGGACCAUGGAGGUCUACAACCAGCUGGGAGAAUACUGUGGGACGGUGCGGGGAACGAGGGACGAGAGCAUUCAGUCAGACAGCCCAGACAGAGGACCUUUCUACAGGAAACAGCUUGUUCUCGAGUGUCCGCCGUCAGCCUGUGAGGUGAAGCUGCUCUCUCUGGCCGGCAGACGCAGCGUUCUGGUUUGCCGCGUGGUGGCGGGCCUGCAGGAGCUGCAGCCUGCUCCGUGCCGCGGCCCCGGCAUAGACAUGCAGCAGGUGCAGAGUCUGGUGGAGGAGAUGGGGACGAGCUUGUCUCCCGGAGCUCAGAACCUCAUGGACAUGGUGCAGUUCCAGCAGACGAAUCAGACUGGCUCUCUGGGCAGCUUCCUGCCUCUCCUGAUGGGUGGCGGCGCGUUCUCUGCGUUGGUCGGAGGAGCAGGAAUGUCUGCAGCCGCUGCCAGGAGUCCGCCUCCUCCUGCUGACCGCACGCCUCCAGAGCCCUCCAGGUCUGCGGACCUGACUCCGUCUCAGAACGGAGGCAUGUCGGAGGGCUCCACCUCCCCGGACCUUUCACUGUCCGACAUCAGCUCUAACAAUACCACGAGCAGCGACAACGGAGUGCCGGUGAACCACGCCCAGCUGGAGGAAAUGAUGUCACACUUCCUGAAGGGGAGGAGCCACGGACAGGCGCUGAGCCCCGAGCUUCUGCCCGUGCUGCAGAGCGUCUGUGGACAGGUCGCCCAGCUUCGCCUGGACAAUGCCGGGCCAGCGCUGGAGAGGGAGAAGAUGACGAGGAACGGCACCUGCGAGUUUGAUUCGGUCAUGGAGCGCCGUCUGGAGGAGAUGGAGCGGAGGCUGAAGGAGCACAUGGACCGCCGGCUGGACGCCCUGGAGCAGAAGCUGGAGAAGGCCCUGCUGAACGCCCUGAGCCACGGAGCUGCGGGCGGAUCGCCGGGGGGAGCCGCUCCGAGUGGACCAUCCGAGCACAUCCACCCAACGCCGGCUGCGGACUGAGACGCGCUCACUCCGCGUGUAACCCGGAGGCCUUACAGCUCUCCAAGCAGAUCUUUGUGUCAGAGUUACCAGGGAUAGGGGGGGGGCAGAAGCACCCUAUUAACGUGUAAAGCUGUAACAAAUUUCACCUGGAAUGUCCAACCUGAUACUAAAACGGUCCGUUGUUUGUCCUCCUGCCGAGCCGGCAGCCGUCUUCAGCGGGAUGAAGGGAAAUCGAUGAGACUCGGCUUUUCCAGCACCGAGUCUCCUAAACGCACCGCAGGGCAUCCAUCGUCUGGACAGGAUGCAGUUAAACCUCGCAUUGCUUCAGGAGUUUAUGGUUUAAAAGCAAUUAAAUAAUUAAUAAACUCUAAAUCAGAAAAAACUCCCACUGUGUGACAGGCUGCAGAGAAGUAAUACAAAUACAGCAGAAAGUUGUUCUUUUUAGCACAGCUGAUGUAUGCAUAACACCAGCAGAGGGGUCGUUUUCCCACUUAACUCUUUUCACCUGUAAACAUAACUACACCUGCAGAGCUGAAAACCGUUCAUUGUGAACUCAGACGAGCAGCUGAGAGCGUUAACCUCCCUGAAAUACAAAAAGUCAAAAAGAAAAAUCCUCGAGUCUGACCUGUUGGGUUUGAACUGGUUGGUUUCUCCGGAUCUCAGGGGAGCACUAAAGCAAGAUGUAACUUAUAUUUUAACGGUCGCACUGUAAAGUUUUAAAUACUGUACAUGUCUGUAAGCUAGUAAACUUGUUUUUUUAACCUGGGAAGUUGAACUGUACUGAUGUGAGUCGUGAAUAAAAAUGCGUUUAAUACCAAC